GAAGAGAAACAUCUCAGAUUUACCAACAAAACGGACACAGGCAUAUCAACUCAUUUAAAAUGAAAGAACUAAUCUUUUGUCCUCAUCCUGAAGCCAUCCAAAUCUAAAAGAUGCAUUAAAGAUCCAAGAAUGACCACUGGGAAUCCUUCUUCUGGACUUCAGAUGAAAUAUGUUCUCCGUUAAAUUUAUUGGACUUCUCCACUAUGAGAUUGGAUUUUCAUGAAAAAGGAGUUCAUCUGCUUCUCAUCACUUUUUCAGGCAAGGAACACUCUUAGACAUCUGAGAAGUAUCCUGAGAAUAUUUAAAGGAUAAAGAUUUGAUCAAUAUCCAUUAUCUUUGCACUUUAGGUGGUGUUUGAGGACAUUACCCCCUUCUAUGUAAAGCGUUUUAAGUGACCAGAAAAUUGUUAUAUAAACAUAAGGAAUUAUUAUUAUUAUUAUUUAGUAAGGUAAGGUUGUAAAUUCUAAAUAAUCACAUUUUCAUGGAUAUAGCCACCUCCAGUAGGAAGUAUGUUCAGAUGGGACCUGGAUGACAGCCAAACAGAACAAGGGGUGGAUAAAUGAAAGUACAGCAGCAAAAGAAGGAAUAUGUUAUGUUUUUCCCAAUCUGAGAAAAGAAAAUCUACAUUUUCAUGUCCAUUUCUUCCUCUUGAAACCAUCAGUAUCUUGGUCAACUUUGAAAAAAAUAAAUUACAUUUGAUGUAACAUUGAUCGCUUAGAACAUGACUCAGGAGACAUCCUUGGAAACUAUGAGGGAGAACUAUGAAGUGACAUCACCCAUUCCACAGCUCACAACCCCUGCUGUAAUAGAAAGUGAAGUUGUGGCCAUGGGCUAUAUUCUUAGUGUUGGAUCCAUUUUGAUUAUCUCCACCAACCUUUUAGUCUCCAUUGCCCUGGUCCUGCUCAUCCGCAAGAGGGGCUACCGGAGUUGGUGUUUUGUCUUAAACCUAUCCAUCGCGGACAUCCUAGUUGGCAUGGCAAUCACUGGCAUUGCCACUGAUGCUCUCAAAGGAACCACAGCCUCCAUGGAGAAGGACAUUUGUUUGUUGCGCAUGACCUUUAUCAUUGCACCCUCUGCAGCCUCCAUCCUAACCAUGUUCUUGAUCUCACUGGACCGCUAUGUAGCUAUAAAGUUGCCUCUGCGCUAUUUGCAGUUAAUGAAUAAUAAGAUGAUUGCUGGGGCUCUGGUUCUCAUCUGGCUCAUCUCGAUGUCUGUGGGAUUUUCACCCAGCAUUUUGAAACCAUUGCAGAAGGAAGACUAUCACAAGGUCUGCACGUUCUUCUCCGUCAUAGAGCCCAAGAGCAUUAUUGUGGUCUUCUGCCUUUUUUUCUUUCCACUGCUCUCUGUCUUUAUCUAUUUUUACAUGGACAUCCUGAAAAUUGCAUGCGGCCACCAAAAGCGCAUCCAUGCCCAGCAAGCAGGGUCACACUUUCUGACGUCUAGUCAUUACUGGGGUCACGUAAAAGCCCUGCGGACUGUCGCCAUGCUAGUUGGUUGCUUCACACUCUGCUGGUGCCCUUUUUUUGUGGUCAGUAUUGUGCAGGCAUCAUGUCCAACUUGUAAACUCUAUCACAUUUUGGAGAACCAUCUCUGGCUGUUGGGACUCUCAAACUCCCUUAUAAAUCCCCUUGUUUAUGCCUGCUGGCAGCGAGAGGUGAGAAACCAGCUCUGUGAGAUCUUUGCUCAUAUAAAAGUCAGGUUGUGUCUUGUGACACAUUCUGAGACAGCAGACAGAUGCCUCACAGACCACCCGACUGUCACUCAGGCAGUGAUGUUUUGUGACAAGAUGAUAGCCACCCCGUUAAACUGCAGUAGGUAUUUCACAACUCCCGAAUAA